CAUGGAGUGCCUAACUGCGCAUGCGUAUAUUAUCAUGGUGGCACCGGCUGUACUAGCUGGGCAAGUUGAGGCAAUAUUCCAUAGUAAAGUUUUAAUUAUAGAAAUGGGUUGUUAACUCUGGAUUUUUAUGCGUUUGAAACUCUACACAGAGAGUGCACCGUACAGAAACAGGAGGAAAAUCAUGACAGCUAACGAGGAUCAAGAGAUGGAGUUGGAGGCUCUUCGCUCCAUCUAUGAGGGCGAUGAGUGUUUCAAAGAAGUCAGUCCAGUCUCCUUUCAGUUUAGGAUAGGAGACCUUGAGGACACCAAAGCCUUCAUUCUGGACAUCACAUGGCCAGAGACAUAUCCUGAGACUGCCCCACAAAUCUCCCUUGAUGCCUUUUUCAACAACAGGAUCUCUGUGGAGACAAAGCAGCUGAUCCUGUCAAAGCUGGAGGAGCAGGUGGAAGCUAACCUGGGCACUGCAAUGAUGUACACUCUGUUUGAGUGGGCCAAGGAAAACCAGGAGACCCUCAUGGAGAACCACAAGCCUGUGGUCAAUGCUGUGAUGUUAACAUCCAACGAGGAGGUGACAGCUACCGCCUCGGCAGCCAAGAAGAAGGAGAAGAAGGAGCAGCUGACUAAAGCUCAGAAGAGGAGGAUCAUUAACAGAACAGAUAACAAAGGGGAACUUCCAAGAGGAUGGAACUGGGUCGACGUUAUCAAACACCUGAGUAAAACUGGAGGAAAAGAUGAUGAGUAGUCCUGAGGGCAGUGAGGUGGUGCUGCUUUAUACAAGGAAGUGCAGUGAGGACUGAACUCACUGCAGCUCAUUGAUCCUGCUGCUGCUCCCGUCUCGAUGCCUUCACAUCGCUCAUCUUCAACGUUCAACACUCAGCACGGCUGCUUCCAGCCUGAGAACCAAAGCUGGCUGGGUAACAGUGGACUUCAGGACACACACACACACACACACACACACACACUUCUAGCUAAGCUGGGACUACAAGCUGGGAAUUAUUGUUAUUGUUGUGUCUAAUGUAUUUGUGGAAGACAGGCAAGUGAUGCAGAUCAUCAGGUUUUGCUCAUCAUACACAGCAUUACACUACACAACAUUCAGAUAUUCAUCAGGGUGGAGUGUGCUUGAGAUAUUUGCUGUCACUGCCAUGUUUUUAGUGUGUCAGGUUAGGCCCAGCUGCCAGGCACUGGAAGCCUUAACUGUAGGACUGUGGUUCUAGAUGGAUGUGUCAAAGUGUCAAGUAGCAUCCUGCUGUUACUUUAAGGUAUCAUAUGACUUUAUGAAAGCAGAGAAAUUUUUAAUAACACACAAAAUGUUUUGACAAAUGUUUCUUUUUCCCCAAUGAAUUAAAAAAGAACAAAUUUUAUAUAUAAAUAAAGCCAUAUUUGGUUUCUG